ACCUUGUCCAUUUCCAUUCGCUUCCUACACUAACACUCUUACCAGUUCCAGGACGCAAGAAUCUCCCUGCAGAGGAGAACCGAGAACCUGAGAAGAAAGGCCUUGAGAGAGAAAACUCAAAUCCUUUUCCUUAACCCUCACGCUUCCAUUACUCAACUCACUCUUUCUCUCUCUAUAAAUUAAUUACUUCUUCCUCAUAAUUUCUCUUCUUCCAGUCUUUCUGCCUUGCUUUCACUUCUCAUAAAAAAAAAAAAAAAAAAAAAAACUCUGUUUUUCUCUCUCUACAUUAUAUGCAUUAAAAACUCUCAGACCCCAGGCUUCAUCCCGUGAUUCGCUUCUCAUUGAAUCUUCCCCUCAGUGUCUUAUCUGUCUCUUCGUUUCCCUCACCACAAGCUGCACUAUUUUGAUACCACACCUCAUUCACCCAACGUUUUUACUCAGCAAAAUAUAGUAACAGGAGCAGGGCCUAAAAAAACAAUAAAAGAAAAAACAGAGUAUUUUCAAAAGAAACAAAAAACAGAGGAUUCUUGCUUUACUAUCUUUCCUUUCUUGUUCUUUUCAUCUAACCCCACUUCAUCCUGCUCUUGAGAUUUUCUUACAUGGGUUCUUGCAAAGAAAAAGAAGAAUCAACACCAAUGUGUGCUUGGGUUCAAGGGCCAAUCAUUAUAGGUGCUGGACCAUCUGGUCUUGCUGUCUCUGCUUGCCUAUCUGAACAUGGAAUCCCUUUUGUUAUUCUUGAGAGAAGCAACUGCAUAGCUUCACUUUGGCAACAAAGAACCUAUGACCGCCUCAAACUCCACCUUCCCAAGCGCUUUUGCGCUCUCCCAUUACUUGGUUUCCCUCUAAAUUUCCCCAAGUACCCAACAAAAGAGCAGUUCAUUUCAUACAUGGAGGAUUAUGCUACACACUUCUCAAUUAAACCCAAGUUCAACCAGAAUGUCCAGAGCGCUGAGUUCGAUUCCAGUUGUGGGUAUUGGAGGGUUAAGACUCUGGACAUGGAAUACAAUUCCCGGUGGCUGAUUGUAGCCACCGGCGAAAAUGCCGAGCCAAUCAUACCUGAAAUUGUUGGGAUCGAACGCUUCCAUGGUCCUGUUGUUCAUACUAGUGAAUAUAGGUCUGGCUCUUAUUUCAAAAACCGCAAGGUUUUGGUUAUUGGGUGUGGCAAUUCUGGCAUGGAAAUCAGCUUGGAUCUUUGUAGGCACAAAGCUGUCCCUCAUUUGGUUGUUAGAAAUACGGUGCACGUUCUGCCCAGAGAAAUGUUUGGUAUCUCAUCAUUUGGAUUAGCAAUGGCUCUACUCAAAUUGUUUCCCUUAAGUGUAGUAGACAAAUUCCUUUUGCUAAUGUCUUACUUCACCCUGGGAAACACAGAAAAAUUAGGCCUCCACCGCCCCAAAACAGGUCCUAUGGAGCACAAAAAUGUUACAGGCAAGACCCCAGUCCUUGACGUUGGAGCUCUAUCAAAAAUUAAAUCCGGUAAAAUAAAGGUAAUGGUAGGUGUGAAGGAGAUAACAGGAAAUGGAGCCAAAUUUAUGGAUGGUCAAGAAAAGGAGUUCGACUCUAUAAUCCUAGCAACUGGGUACAAAAGCAAUGUGCCUUCUUGGCUGAAGGGCUGUGAUUUCUUCACAAAAGAUGGCAUGCCUAGAACACCAUUUCCUAACGGUUGGAAAGGAGAGAAUGGAUUGUAUACAGUAGGGUUCACAAGGAGAGGACUACUAGGCACAGCCUCUGAUGCCAAUAAAAUUGCUAAGGACAUUGCUGAUCAGUGGAGGCCUAGCGAGGACUGGAAGAGUAUUAGUAAUUCCCAGGUUAUCUUACUCAAAAAUUGUAACAAAAAUAAAUUCUAGAGGUAGAGAGAGACAGAAACUGGGUUUCGGGAUUAGGAUUUUACAUGUGAUCAAUUUUAUUGACUUAUCAGGACUUGUAAAUACAAUUUUGCAGGGGGGUUUCCAUCUCUUAUCAAUGAUGUCUGAUAGUUUCUGUAUAUCCAAUUCGAUGAAUAUAUGUCUUUUAGUUCAAAAAAUCUGUACUUAUCAACCGUCCACUGUCAGAUAAGUAGAUUAUCUAUCAUA